AAGUUACUACCAGUAAGGUGAAAGACAAAAUUAUAUAAAUCUUGAAUAUUGUAUUGCAAACUUACGGCCUUAUAGUGCAAUACCAGUUAUUUCCGAAAUGCGUCGGUUCAGUCACUUCUGAGGGACACUUGCGAUAUGACAUUAAUAGCACUUCUGCAACUUACAAACAUUGCUCGAAGCAAAGCGAGCCGCCCUGAGGUUCGAUAUGCGCUUUGUGUUCUUUUCCGCCAAAGUGGCUAUGCUCAGUACAUAUUGCGUUGUCGUCUUGGUUAUUCAUUGUUAGUGAGAAAGUGAAACUCCGCUGUAACCAAGAGGAAGAAAUACAUACGGUUGUUACCGAAUCAGCGAGUGCAGAUUAUUUCGUGUGUAGUGAUGCUUGUGUCUAUGCUGCAUCAACAGUUUCUCAGUGAUUGGUCCACCGAAAGGAGUUAGAUUUGGAACGCCAAUACUAGUAAAUCGUGAGAUGGCUGAAGAAGAAGAAACCGGAAAGGAAUAUCGGUGGGAAACUGGAUAUGAAAAGACUUGGGAAGCAAUCAAGGAAGAUGAGGAAGGUCUUCUUGAAGGAUCUGUUGCGGAUAUCAUCCAAAGAGCAAAGAGACGAAGACAGGCAGACAGGCGUGGAAAUGUUCGUCUUGGUAUGAUGAGACAUCUUUACCUAAUUGUUGACUUUUCAGAAGCAAUGUCAAAUCAAGAUCUGAAACCAACAAGACAUCUUUGCUCCAUUAAGCUUUUGGAAUCUUUCAUCGAUGAAUUUUUUGACCAAAAUCCAAUUAGUCAGCUUGGUAUAAUCAUAACAAGGAACAAGCGAGCUGAAAAAAUUACUGAACUUGCAGGCAAUCCAAGAAAACAUAUAAAGGCGGUAAGACAGCUUGCAGAAGCAACAUGCAGUGGGGAACCUUCUCUUCAAAAUGCUCUAGAACUGUCUCUGAGGUCUUUGCGUCUUCUGCCAUCCCAUGCAAGCAGAGAAGUCCUUGUUAUAUUUGGUAGCCUUACUACUUGUGAUCCUGGAGAUAUAACAGUCACCAUAGAGUCUCUGAAAAAGCAAGGUGUACGGUGCUCAGUAGUGGGCCUAGCAGCAGAAGUACACGUAUGUCGUCGCCUAAGCCGAGAGACUGGGGGUGAGUUUGGUGUUGUUCUCGAUGACUGCCACUACCGUGACCAACUUUUUAUGCAUGUUGAGCCACCACCAGCUGCAUCCUGCCUGGAAUCUUCACUUAUUAAAAUGGGCUUCCCACACCACACCACAGCAGAGGGGAAAGAAACUCCUCUCACCAUCUGCAUGUGCCAUUUAGAUGUACCAGCAGCAGAAGCCAAAGGUGUGAGCCAUAGUGGAGCAGGAUACUUCUGCCCUCAAUGUUGUAGUCGAUAUUGUGAACUGCCUGUUGAAUGCCGAGCAUGUGGGCUCACACUUGUCUCUGCACCUCAUUUGGCCCGUUCUUACCAUCAUUUGUUUCCUGUGGAAAAUUUUGUUGAAAUGGAACAAAAUCUUGAUCUUCACAAACAGUGCUACGCCUGUCAGAGGUCAUAUGGAGAUCAUGAUAAACAUGUGUAUGAGUGUGGACGUUGCAGUCAAGUGUUUUGUUUGGACUGUGACUUGUUUAUCCAUGAUACGUUGCAUACGUGUCCGGGAUGUGCUACGAAUCAACAGACUUUCCAUCUUAUGGGAAGCGGUGAUAAUGGAAGUUCACUUUCUGUGAAUUUAAUAUGAAUAAAGACCGAGAUACUUGAUGCCUGAGUCCAAAUCAUGUUAUUAUUUUUAUAAUGUAUUGGUAUUUAAGUAUGUAAUUACUUCAUUUGAUCAGAUCAUUUUUUAAACUGUUUUUUUAUUACAUUAUUUUGGCCCUGAGGUUACAUGAAUGAACACUGUAUGAAUUUGUGUGUUAUAUUACAUUUAUGUGGAGUGCAGUAGCACUGCAGUGUUUACAUUUUUUUCCUGUGUAGUUGCAAAGAGACAAUUAAUUGCUCCAUAGGAUCUUUUAAGUGUCUAGUACUUUCUGAAUCCAAGUAUCUUUUUAAAAUGUUUGUGUAUGAACAAGUUUUCAAAU